AUGGCUUUGACCCGGCGAAACGUCCUUCUUAUCCUGUUGCUUGGCCUGAUCCUGUUCAGCAGCCAAGCGCACGCUUUCGGUGCCGGGAAUAUUGCCUCUAUCUCGGCCGUCGAAGGCAAGAAUUGGCGCCAUGGGGACAUUGAAGAUGUGCUCAAAACUGUGGCCUGUAUCCGCCAUCACAAAUGGACCUCCAUGAUGAUCAAGAGAGUCUAUUUUGGAAACUGGCUUCGCGAUUACUCUCAGGCCAUGGACACUGGGGCGCUCAAAAAGGCUCAGCCGGAGACUAUUCGCAUUCUAGUCUGGCUGUUGUCUUUCUUGGCCUUUGGCUAUGCUACUGCUGAGUUUGAGGUCACUUCAGAAAGGCUUGGUGUUUACCGACCGGAGGAGCAUAUCGAUAAUCCCAAAGAUUACAAUGAUAAUGAGGAUGCUCGAAAGUAUGACCCUCGGCUUCGCGCGCCAGUGCGUGACAUCGAGUUGCAGAUUGAUCCGAGCACCGGCAUGAAGAAUUAUAUUGCCAACGGGGCAGGAGAUUGGGCCACCAGUGCUGCCUUCGUCAAGUACAGCUUCGAACGCAGCAUCCAUCAUGGUCGUCUCUACUGCAACGGGCAUGGCAUCUUCAAAGGAAAGGAUGAAGACCUCGCCGAGGCUCUCCGCUGUCUGGGUCAGGGUCUGCAUACCCUGGAAGACUUUGGUGCUCACACGAACUAUGUCGAACUCGCUCUCCGGGAGUUGGGCUUCCACAACGUUUUCCCUCACGUCGGCACAGCUACAGCGAUCAACCUGCAUGGGAAACACGUCUUUCCGCUUGUGACCGGCACGUUCGGCAUGGUGGACUUUUAUCAUUCAGUGCUUGGUGAGGCUACGGACCAUUUCACUCAAAGCGAAGUGAAUGAAAUGGACAAUGCUCUUGGAACUGCUCAACAAGCUGCGCAGUCGUCGAAUCCUCUGAUGACUCUUGUGAAACUCCUGUCCAAGGUCCCCGGCACCAAAGACCUUUGUGAUGAGGCAGAGAGGCUGCAAGCAAGCUCGCAAGCUCAGGCACGGGCGAUGGAUCAAGGGUUCGGUGGUCAAGGCGGGUAUCGAGACAUGAAUGAUUAUGGCGGGACAACGCGAGGGUUUGACGAUUUGCAGGGUAGUCGUGCAUCUCAAGCAGGCUUCCCGUCACAGCCCCACGGCUAUGCUACGGAGUCGUGGAACACGCCGUCUCAACAAGGCUAUCAAGCGUACCAUCCACCGCAGCCCGAAUGGGGUCAGCCUCAGCAACCGUCACAAUGGUCUGCUCAGACACAUCACCCGGGCUUCGACCAACAAAGUCAACCACAGUGGCAUGACCCGAACGCACAGCAAGGUUUUGGCCAUCAAACCCAAUACUCAGGAGCACAAGAACCCUGGCAGCAACAGCAACAGCAUCAGCAGCAGCCUCCACAGCAGGGAUAUCAGCAAGGGCUGCAGGGGAACGCGCCUAGUCAAGUACCACAGCAACCUCCACAGCAGACAACAACUGCACCAAGCGGUCUGGAAGGGAUGCCGAACUUCGACCCGUCCAAGACCAUUGCCCAGAUUUAUCCCAUUCUAGCAUUCCGGGAUAAAGUGGUCAGGACGAUCAGCGGCAUAAUUGAAAAGAUUCCGGGGCUGGAGGCUCUAGUGGACAGAAUCACCGAAACUCUUACCGUUUUUAUCCUGUCUCUACUGGCGCCGUUUGUUCGACCGGUCCUCAAUGCCAUGGCCAAAACGCUACAAACCGGCAGCGAGGGCGUGAUCAACUCUUCGGCAAAUCACCAAUAUGAGGUGUGGACCAACCCCCAUUGCUCGGACCCCACACAUUCCAUGCUCAGCAAAGACCACUUCAGCAACAUUCUGAACGAGCCCGCGGGCAAUGUGGCCGCCGAGAUUCUCAAGUUCAUUGCUCCGCGCGUGCUGUACGCUUGGGAGCACCCCGACGUUCCAGUCCAACAGGUCAUGCACGACGUGGAAGGCAUCUUCCACCAUCCAGCCAUCAGGAAUGAGCACAGUGAAGUGCAUCGCAACAUGUUUGCCGCUGUUAAACGGUGGGUGGACGGCCUGUCAGACCGUGGACGGAGCUUUGACACGACCUUGAGCUCCGAAGGCGUACGCACAGGGAAAAAUCACAAAGCGGGCGUCAAUGAUCACGCUCAUGUCCAACAUCAACCCGGCGCGCCGGCGGCACCACAUCAGUCCAGCUCAGGUGGACUGGGAGGCUUCGCCAGCUUUCUGCCAGGCCAGCAACAUCAUGCAGCGGGUGCAGGCGGCAAUCAUAAUCCGUUGGGAAUGGUGGGCGACAUGAUAGGCAACUUCACCGGCCACCAGCAAUCAUCCCACCAGCAACAGCAGCAUCAGCAGCAGCAUACCGGAGGCGGUGGUGGUGGGCUUGGUGAUAUGUUGAGCAUGGCCAGUAAAUUGCCCAUCCCUGGGGUGCAGAACGUCGCGAGCUCCUUGAACAAAUAUAGCAAGUACACCAAAUUCAUGGGUGGAAGCGGAUUUGGAACUCGCGGUCUGGACGACGAUGAUGGUGUUGGCGGGGUCAAUGACGGCAGCAGUGCCACGACUGGCGGGUAUCAAGUCGGUGGUAGCGAGCUGGGAGGGUCGCGAGAAUUGCACGAGGCUGCCGCACACGCCAAUCAGUAUGGCGGUGGUACUGGUGAAGGUGACUUCAGGUCUCCUAGUCCCAUGCCCAUGGCGCCACCUGCUGGGUACGAACAGUAUGGGAACUCGGGCAGGGGAGAGUAUUUCCCAGAGCAGGGAGAAGGCCAGGCGUAUCAAUACCAGACUGAGUAUCGUGAUCCAUAUCAGGGCCAGAACCAAGCACAGGGUCCGGGUCAGGGUCAGUACUACGGUGCCAGUGGAGGUGAUGGGAGCUCGGCAUACUAUGGAGGACGCUGA